AUGGUCACCAUGCCAGAAGUCAACAGGGCGACCUCCGGUACUGAGGAGCGAACAGCUACUAGAGAUGACGAAAUUGCUACUGACGAAAAGAAAAUCGCAAGCAAGGCCCCGGAUAGUACCGAAGUAGGGGUAGUAGAAGAAGGACCACAGAAGACGUACUACAGCAGUCUGUCUGUUUGGUUGAUGGUUUUGUUCUCGGGACUGGCAAUAGGCUCAGAUGGCUACAACGCCGCCGUCAUUGGAAACGUCGAACUGCUACUUGCAAUCCUUUACCCUGACGAUCUGACUACCACGAUAUACCAGAGGCUCUCCAAUGCUUUUCUGAUCGGCAUGAUUGUGGGAAUGAUACUUUUCGGCGUCAUCAGUGACCAACUUGGCCGUAAGACUGGUGCUGUGGCCACAACAAUCUUGCUGGUACUAGGCAUCGCCUUGUCGACUGCAGCCAGUGGUACCACGACCACAGGCAUGUUUUGGAUGCUUAUCAUUGCUCGUGGUAUUGCCGGUGUAGGCGCAGGAGGAGAAUACCCAGUCUCUGGAGCUGGUGCCGCCGAAGCGACCGACGAAGACGCCAAGUUUCGCAAAAGAAGGGGCUUCAUGUUUGCGAUGCUCGCAGACUUAUCAGCCAGUCUAGGAUAUGUUUGGGGAGGUUUGGUGCCUCUGCUGCUGCUGUUGUGCGUUGGCCAGCAAGUUUCAAAAUACCAUAUUGUUUGGCGAACCUCGUUUGCGUUGGGUAUGGCACCCCCCCUUCUCAUCUUCUGGUUCCGGAUGCGGAUGGCAGUCUCGACAGCGUACCGAAAGUCAGCAUUGCGGAAGCAGAGAAUGCCAUACUGGCUUGCACUGAAACGGUAUUGGCGACCGCUUUUAGGUGCAGCAUCAACAUGGUUCUUGUAUAACUGGAUCUCUAUUCCCUUCGGAAUUUUCAGCUCAACAAUCAUAUCAAGAGCCAACGUAGAGGAAAGUCUUGUUAAAACGCUCGGGUGGGGCGUAGUAAUCAACUGUUUUUACAUCCCCGGCCCUUUCAUCGGUGGGUACCUAUCGGACAAAUUUGGGAGACGUCAGACCAUGGCUUUGGGUUUUACGUUGCAAGCAAUUCUCGGUUUUGUCCUCGGAGGCGCGAUGAAUCCUAUCCAGGGUGUAUUUCCUCUUUUUGUUGUCCUCUACGGCAUAUUUUUGACGCUUGGCGAAGUUGGCCCAGGAAGUACCGUUGUUCUGAUAGCCUCCGAGUGCUUUCCCACGUCCAUACGUGGCCAGAUGAUGGGGCUUAUCUCGGCCUUUUCGAAAGCGGGAGCUGCGAUUGGCACACAGGUGUUUACUGCGAUUUUGAACAAGUACACCACCGAUCCAUCCAAGGGAAAUCAAGUCGCAUUUCUGAUUGGUUCUGGGUUCGCUGUUCUUGGUGCUAUCAUCGCGCUUUUCGUGAUUCCAGACAUCUCAAGGCACCUGAAUGACGACGAUGAAGCUUGGAAGAAGUACCUAGCUGAGAAUGGCUGGGACGCUCAAUGGGGCGACGAGGUGACACGCGAUCCGACCGGUGUUGUUAUGGAUAAAGCUGCGUCUUAG